AUGGCCGAAUCGAUUCAAUCCACAGAUAUAUCACAUACUCGUAUCGAGAUAGACAACAUUGCUGUUCAACAAAAAGGUUUGGACUCUAGCCAGGAUGGCGGCAUUAAAUUCGUAGAUCAAACUAAUUACAAUAUAUACGGUAAUCUAGAUAACAUGGGUGACUAUUCAAAAGAUUAUUACGAAAAGAGUCAAUACCAACAACAAAACUUGGAUAUUGAAAGUAAUAUCUCGUCAUUAUCAUCUACAACAUCUAUUACUUCAACAGGUGGCUCGUCACCCAAACAUACCGAUGGGUUGAAAAAAAAUUUGCAAGCUCGUCAUGUUUCUAUGAUUGCCAUUGGUGGUUCUUUGGGUACAGGUCUAUUGAUUGGUACAGGUACUUCUCUUUCUGCAGCUGGUCCUGCAUCCAUGUUCAUUGCUUAUUCAUUUGUGGGAAUUUUAGUCUUUUUUACAAUGGCUGCUAUUGGUGAAAUGGCGUCCUAUAUCCCAAUGGAUGGGUUCACUUCAUAUGCAUCACGUUACGUCGACCCUGCUCUUGGAUUUGCUGUCGGUUAUUGUUAUUUGUUCAAAUAUUUAAUCUUAUGUCCAAAUCAAUUGACUGCAGCUUCCUUAGUUAUUCAAUAUUGGAUUGAUAGAGAUACUGUGAACCCAGGUGUUUGGAUCACAAUUUUCUUAGUGGUCAUUGUUAUUAUAAAUGUUGCUGGUGUUAAGUUUUUUGGUGAAUUCGAAUUUUGGUUGAGUAGUUUCAAAGUCUUGGUUAUGUUGGGUUUGAUUCUAUUGAUGUUCAUCUUAAUGCUAGGUGGGGGUCCAGAUCAUGAUCGUCUAGGGUUCCGUUACUGGCAACAUCCUGGUGCUUUCAAACCUUAUUCAGAUGCUAUUGAUGGCUCAGUGGGGAAGUUUGUGGCAUUUGUUUCUGUCUUUGUUUAUGCAUUGUUUGCCUACUUGGGUAUUGAAUUGACUGGUAUUGUUGCUGCGGAAGCUUAUAAUCCAAGAAAAUCUGUUCCAAGAGCUGUUAAACUAACCGUUUGGAGAAUCGUCAUUUUCUAUUUAGUUACAAUUUUCUUAUUGGGUAUGUGCGUUGCUUAUAAUGAUCCUCGUUUAUUAGCUGCUAAAGGUGCUGGAACAUCCGCUGCUGCCUCCCCAUUUGUUGUGGCUAUCCAAAAUUCAGGAAUCCGUGUUUUACCUCAUAUCUUUAAUGCAUGUGUUUUAAUCUUUGUCUUUUCUGCUUGUAACUCUGAUUUAUAUGUCGGCUCUCGUUCCUUAUAUUCUUUAGCUGUCGAUGGUAAGGCUCCUGCUAUCUUUAAGAGAACUACAUCUUGGGGUUUACCUCAUUACUCUCUAGGUGUAUGUGUUUUAUUUGCCCUAUUGGCUUAUAUGAAUGUAUCUUCAGGUUCAGCUCAAGUUUUCAACUAUUUUGUUAACGUCGUUUCCAUUUUCGGUUUGCUAAGUUGGAUCUGUAUCUUUAUCACAUAUAUUGGUUUCAUGAGAGCAGUUAAAGUUCAAGGUGUUGAUAGAUCAAAAUUCGCUUAUAGUGCUCCUUUCCAACCUUAUGGUACUUAUUUCUCUUUAGCUUGGUGUGUUUUUAUUGCAUUUAUCAAAAAUUUCACUGUAUUUUUAGGUCAUUCGUUUGAUUACAAAAAUUUCAUCACUGGUUACAUUGGUUUACCUGUUUUUGUUAUAUUUUAUUUCGGUUAUAAAUUCAUUAAAAAGACAAAAAUCGUUAAAUCUCAUGAAGUUGAUUUAUUUACCGGGAAAGAAGUUUUUGAUCAACAAGAAAUCGAGGGAAAGAUACUUGAUCAAGAAAAGCAAAUAAGAUUAAGGGAAAAUAAAUUCUCUUUAGAAUGGAUAUAUGAAAAAUUCUUGGGAAAUAUCUUUUAA